AUGUGCUUUGCCAAGAAGCACAACAAGAAGGGCCUGAAGAAGAUACAGGCCGACAAUACAAAGGCAGUGAGUACAUGCGCAGCGGCCAUCAAGGCCCUUGUGAAGCCUCAGGCCAUCAAGCCCAAGAUGCCAAAGAGCCCCAGCAGCAAACUCAGCUGCCUGGCUUUCGUCACUCACCCCAGGCUUGGGAAGUGGAUUCGAAGCUACAUGGCCAAGGGCAUAGGCUCUGCCAGACAAAGCCCAAGGCUCAAACCAAGGCGGAGGCCAAAGCUCCAGCUAAGGCCCAGGCUUCAGCUCCAGCUCAGCUCCCAAAGGUGCCCAGGCCUCUGUGAAGGCCCCAUAGAAAAGGCUCCUGUCAGUGUAAAGACAGAUGGACUGCUGUGA